AUGUCAUGCAGACUAAGGAAGACCCAGAAACCUCGGUACCAACAAAGCCGGGGCCACGGCUGCUUCGGCAAACACCAGAAGCACCCAGGAGGCCUGGGUCAUGCUGGCCGUGUGCAUCGCCCCAGGAUCAACUUUGGCAAACACAACCCGUGUUGCUUUGGAAAAGUCAGUCUGAGGGAUUACUGCAUAAAGAGUAACUCGAGCUUCUGCCCAACUGUCAACCUUGAUAAACUGUGGACCUGGGUCAGCAAGGAUCCACGGGUAAAUAUGGCCAGAAACAAAACUAGAGUUGCUCUUAUCACUCAUGUGGUGCAAUCAGGCUACUACGGAGUUUUGGAGCAGGGAGAGCUUCCAAAACAGCCUAAUAGCAUGAAGGCCAAAUUCUCCAUCAUGAGAGCUGGGGAGAGGAUUAAGCACUGA